GUAAGAGGGGAAGUUGCAAUGAAUUUGUCAUUAUCGCCAUGAAUAGUCGCGGUGGUGUAGAUGUCUGCUACUGCUGCUGCUGUAUUCGCCCUCGGAAUCAAUUCUCUUGAAUAUUUUAUGCGCGAGCGCCUCCGCCCUCCCGGAACUCUGGCUUGCGUCCGCGUCGGAGUCUAUAUCCGUAACCUCCGGCGUAUUAUCCGAUCUUUUAAAUUGCCCACUGAAAUACGUCCACAUCAUUUUUAUCGCGAUGACCCGCUACAUUCUCAGGAGUUACAUUCUCAGGAGUACACGCUGCGACUGACCCCUCGUAUUUCUUAAGAAGAGAAUUGCGUCAUUAUUUCUUCGUCUGCAUUUCAUGCAGUUGCAUCGCUUCCUUUGAUUUGCAAAACCGCGAGAAAAUCAUUCAUACAUUUCGAAUCGAACAUUUAUAUAGAAUUGAUUUCCAAAAAUAAAAAAAAAAGUCUCGACAGUCUCGAAUCGUCGAUAGUAUUGUUGUAAAACGACGGAACACAACGAGAGCAUGCACAUACGCUAGUAUAUAAUCUAUUCCUAUAUAUAUUCCUGCACAUCGUGUCCGCGUUUUUUCCUUCCCCCGGAAUUCAUCGACUUGUAUUCACGUCAAUUCGACUAUAAUCGGAAUGUAAUCCAGUGCGAAGAGAGUCAUCAAAAUGGAUCGUCUUGUAAUAAUGUGUCCGCAAUCGAUUCGAACGCAGAUAGUACUGUACGCUAUGCUGGUCCCAUUAUGUCUCUUUUUGCGCGGCGCAUAAUGUUGUUGCAUGUAAUGCAUCACUUUGCGAGAGCGUGGUGGGCGCGUGCGGACUAAAGCUCUUUAAUAUAGAGCUUUAGCGCGGGCAGGUAAGCGUUAACAUGCAACGAAACGAUGGUAGUGACUCACAGUUUGACGGUCGCGCGUUCGCAAGCAUGAUGCGGGGACUACGGGGAGGGAACAGCAGUAGCAGGUGCUUGCUACUGCCGGUUGCUGAUACUGGCUGCUACUCCGCUACCACCACCUUCAACGAGGUGGCCAGUCAGCUGGGUAACUCGGCAAGGCAGACGGAUGUUUCCAGCAGAUUAUUGAUCGGAACAGAUACUUCCACUGACAAUAAUGUAACCGACAAUGGGAAGUCCUCAGCGAUGGCGUCCGUCCAAAUUCUUUUCGGAUUCUCUAAUCUUUUACUUUCUGUGAGAUUUGUCUUUCUGCGUAAACAUUUGUACUUUGUAUUUUGACUUAUUCUAGAAUUUAAUCCCUUCGGAUUUUCACUCUC